AUGGCCCAGCAGUAUUCUCAAGGACCUAAUGUCCAGAACCAGGAAUGGCAGAACAACCUCUGCAAUUGCUCGCCCUGCGACUCUUGCCUGCUCGGCACUUUCUGCCCCUGCAUCCUCUUGGGUAAAACGGCCGAUCGUAUGAGAGAUCCUACUAUGCAGACUGCCGAUACCUGCAACAGCGAUGCUCUUAUAUUCUGCGCCAUCAACUGCGUGACUGGCUGUGGUUGGAUUUACUCCAUGAUGAAGCGUGGUGAGAUCCGGGAGCGAUUCGGCAUCAAGGGCAGUGGCAUGAACGAUUGCUGCGUCAGUUACUGGUGCCUCUGCUGUGCUCUUAUCCAGCAGGACAACGAAGUCAAGUCUCGUCUCUCCCAGGGACCUAUCACGCAGGGCUACCAAGCUCAGAAGGAGGGUAUGCACAUGCCAGCAUCUCCUGCUGCUCAGCAGCAGCAGCAGCAAUAUCAUGAUCAGAAGCCCAACCCUCAGCAGCAGGCCUCUCAGCCCGAUUAUCAACUUCCUCAGCACGGUUACCAGUCUCCCCAGCCUCAGGGAUCCUACCCUCCACCUCAGCAGACUUACAACCCUCAGCAGCCCCAGUAUUAG